CAGAGAACCAGGUCAGGGACAGGAACCGGGUCAGGGACAUGUACGACGGAGUUGAUGAAGAUGGAAUGAACGAAGCACAAAAAAAAGCACACAGAGAUGAAACUCUUCUAAAUAAUCCAGAUGUUCUAUUCAGAAUCUAUCAACAGGGAAGACUCCAUGUGCUGCUCUUCAUGCCAACUGACACAGAAGAGUGGAAGAAGGUGAUUCAGGACAGGAUUCGGGACAGAAGCAGAGCUGACCCUUCUGUUCAGCUGACGGAGAGACGUGAUAUAAAGGGUGAUUUACCAAUCAUAAACAUGUCUGGUCCUGAGGAUCACCUCGAAUAUAUCUGUGACAUUUUUGAUCAGCUCUAUAAUCAGGUGCAGGAAAACAUUCAGAACAGAGCAGCACCACAGAGGAACCUUGUGGCUGAGAUUGAGGGACUCAAUGUGAGAAUCAGGGAGCCGGAAGAUCAAGUACAGAUCCCUGGGGCUGAGAUUGAGGAACUCAAUGUGAGAAUCAGGGAGCUGGAAGAUCGAUUACAGAUCCUUCAAAGACAAUUGUCUGAAGAGGUUAGGAGAAACGCAACGGAAGAUGAAGGAGCAGAAGCCCAAAACAACCCAGAGGAUGAUGUUGAGGAGCUCAGAGAGAGAAUCAGGGAGCUGGAACUGGAAAACAGAAAACUUCGUGGGCUUCAAGACGAUUAGAUGUGUCUUCAGACCAGGUACUGAAAAAUGGUCCACACCCGAGGCCUGUGUACCACAGUUCCACUUGUGGGAGCAAAUAAAGUGCAUCAUAAUCCUGAAUACUGAAAACCGGCUUUCAUUUAGUGCUGAACUUCACAAAGAAGAAAUGAAUUUCAAUUCAUCUAAGGCUUAGGAAUAGAUUUAAACUUGCUCGUGUGUUUUGUUUAUUUUGUUUUGUUUAUUUUUUGUUUGUUAGUUUGUUUUUAGUUUGGUUUGAUUUAUUGAUUUUAUUGUAUUCGAUUUUAAAUGUUUAUUUGUCUCAUACACAACCUUACACAGUACGACAUGCAGAUAAAUGUUGUCCUAAAAGAAGAAUAAAACUGUUACAAUAAAAGUAGAUGUUGGAUUAUCUGUACAAAUAAUAAGAAUAAAAUAUAAAAAAUAUAAAUAUAUUUAUAUGAAUAUGAAGUGAGCAAACAGUAUGACAAUGGGAAAUAAAGUUCAGGUGUUUACUAUAUUAUUUUGCAUAUAAUAGCCAUGUAAUAACAUUUACUGUGCGAUUUAAUAAACAUUUAAUAAAGUGAUUAUUAAAACAUUUUUAGACUCCAAUCUACUGACUUUCUAAUCGCUUUUGUUGUGAAGCAGGCGGCGGUUCUAGGGUUUCAUCUUUAGGGGGUUUUAUCCCUCAGUGAGAAUUUAAAACAAGAAGAGUUUUAUAUUAUAUAUUAUAUGACUACACAGUAAGCCAAAAGUUAUGUUGUUAUUUAAAAUGACAAAAGUGGACACCAAAAUUUUACGCAUGAUGUAAUGAUGUCGGUCUUGUAUCAGAUCAGUUCAUGUAUGUGUGCAUUCUCUACAAACAGUGUGUCCAAUGAAUGCAGUCAUUAAUAAACAAAUAUUCACAAGACAAAGACCAAAUCAAUAAAUGUUAUUUUUAUUUAGUA